AAAUAAUAUAUUUGCUAAAUUAAAUAAAGUCACUAUUUGUUAUAUUAGUGCAAUAAUAAUGGAUUUUACUGUUGAAUAUAUUGUAUUAAAUUUGUUCAGGAAAAUGGCAUGGGCAUAUGUCUCGAAGGAACAAAAAAAAAGAAUGAUCAGAUGUGAUUCUGACAAGGCGUUUGGCGUAAUUGCGAAAGUAGGUGACCUCUGACAGAAAUUGAAAAUCAAUAAAGUGCAGUGGAGUUCGUGAUACACAAAGAACGAAGGUAGCUCCGCUUUGCAUUUUUGAGGUUAUGUUGUCCGAGAUUGAGAAGGUACAGCAUCGGAUGUUCUAUUUUCGUUUCGGCGAAAAGUGUUUAUUCUUGCCAGUCGUAGGCGCGCGUUACACAUUAUAAUGCAUCUAAAUGUGAGAAGAAGUCACGAAAGUGCCGUGAGAUAGUACAAACAUGGGCAGGAGAAAAUCUCACGGAUCAUCUAAAAGUAAACAACAUGUUCCACAUCAAAGGCAAUUAUCGUUAGCAAAAAGAAACGAGAUAAAUGCCUUGUGCGAAAAACUAUUUGUUCUGAGUAUUAAUUCAGCGUAUGUAACGCAAUUAUGGGACAAUUAUGUGGAGAUAUCAACGAUUUUGGAGAAGGUUAAAAGGUUGGAGGAAAUGAAGACGGAGUCGUCGAAACGAUCCCAGGGGAUUGGACAAUUCAUAAAUUGGCUUAAAGAGAAUGGCGCGAAUGUAGACGGAGCGAGCGUUGCUGAAUUUCCAGGAUACGAUUUGGGUUUAAAAGCAGAACGUAAUUUCCUCGAAAAUGAAUUAAUUUUAAGGAUACCUAGGGGACUUAUUUUCAGUAUUCACAAUGCAGCUCCAGAAUUAAUUACACUUCAAAAUGAUCCUCUAAUACAGCAUAUGCCCCAAGUGGCGCUCGCGAUUGCGCUUCUUAUCGAAAGACACAAAGAAAAUUCGAAAUGGAAGCCUUAUUUGGAUAUCCUUCCCACUACUUAUACAACUGUGUUAUACAUGACUGCUGCCGAUAUGAUUGAACUUAAAGGCAGUCCUACAUUAGAAGCUGCUCUAAAACAAUGUCGAAAUAUUGCAAGACAGUAUUCCUACUUUAAUAAGGUAUUUCAAAACAAUAAUAAUGCUGUAUCUGCUAUACUCAGGGAUGUUUUUACUUAUGAAAGAUACUGCUGGGCAGUUUCUACGGUAAUGACAAGACAAAAUCUAAUUCCAAGCGAAGAUGGUUCACGCAUGAUCCAUGCUUUGAUACCGAUGUGGGACAUGUGCAAUCAUGAGAACGGGAGAAUCACUACAGAUUUUAAUGCGACAUCAAACUAUUGUGAAUGUUACGCUUUAAGAGAUUUCAAAAAAGGGGAGCAAAUAUUUAUUAGUUAUGGACCCAGAACAAAUUCUGAUUUCUUUGUGCAUUCAGGAUUUGUUUACAUGGAAAAUAAACAAGAUGGUUUUAAAUUACGACUCGGCAUUAGCAAAGCUGAUUCUCUUCAGAAAGAACGUAUAGAAUUAUUAAAUAAAUUGGAUUUGCCGACAGUUGGUGAAUUUUUAUUGAAACUAGGAACAGAACCGAUUUCCGAUUUGCUAUUGGCAUUUCUUAGAGUAUUCAGUAUGCGUAAAGCGGAAUUGGCUCAUUGGAUCCGAUCGGAUCGUGUUAAUGAUUUAAAACACAUGGACUGUGCAUUAGAAACUGUCGUUGAAGAGAAUGUCAGAAAAUUUCUGCUCACUAGGCUGCAAUUGUUAAUUGCUAAUUAUCCGACGACUCUGAAGGAAGAUCUACAAUUACUUGAAACGACUUUACCACAAAUUAAGAAAUUAGCCAUUCAAUUGAGAGUAACAGAGAAGAGAAUUCUUCAGGGUGCGCUCGAAUAUGUGGAACAAUGGAUCAAAGCUUAAGAAUAUGACAAUUGAAUUUUAAUCUAUAAAAUCAUGGAAUCAAAUUUUUAUUCUUAUUUUUAAAAGAAUUUUACAAUGGGAUAUAAUUUUUAUGGAUUUGUGGUUUCAAAAUGAUAGGAAACUGAUACAAAUCAUUUGAAGAAUGAUCAAUAUAUAUAUAUAAUAAAAUAAUGUGUGAAAUAAUGAAGGACAGAUAGAAAAGGGAGCAAUGGUGUAAAAUACAUUAAAGUGUAUAAAACAUUGAACAAACUAUAUAUAUAUAUAUCUAUGUGUAUUAACAAGUAUACAAUGCAAAAUAAUUGCGUAUUUCAUGAUAUUGUGACUCUUGUUUUCGAGAGAUGAGAACUUCGCGAGCACAAAUAAUUUUUAAAACUAACAAUGUUUUUUCAUCAAAUUAUAAAUCAUGUGCUUAUUGAGCUCUAAUCUCCGAUUACAAGAUUUUACAAAUACAAUACUUUUAUUUCAGCUUUGAUAAAAAAAAAAAAAGAAAAAAAAAUAGAAAAAUAACAUGUACAAACAAAAUGUUACUAUUCAUGAAUAUUUAUUUUUCAAAUGAGAUAGUUAAGAGAUCUAAUUCUUUAUGUAAGCUAUUGUGCGAUAUUACACAGGCCUACAAAAAUCAGACUUAUAAACGAUUAAUAUACCGUAAGAUUUAUCGAUAAUUGUAUCGAAUUUUAACAAUAUGCAUAAAACUAAGACGAACAGCGAGUUCCAGAUACUUUUCAGCCAUAAAAUGUUGCAUUGUAUCAUGUUUACCCUCGAAAUUUUAUGCGAUUAUAUUUAAAAAGAAAUUAAAAGAUGCUUAUGUGAAUGAUAACUAUAUAUACAUAUAUGAAGAAAAAUAUAUCAAUGUAUUUAAAUGAAAUUAUAUAAAUCAAUUCAAUCAUGCGUAUAACAAGGAUAAUAAGAUAGAAUAAUCAUUAAUUAAUUAGAAAUGGCUACAGCAGGACUGAUAGCUCUAUAUAUUGCUUUUUUCAAUAUAUUGGGGCAGACAUGAUACAGCCAAAUAUAAAUGUCACAAUAACUUAAUAUUACAUUUUCCUCUAAUAUAAAACACAGAAAAUUUAUGACGUGAUUAUAUUAUUUUAAUAAACUGCUAAAAAAUUACCUUUAUUAUCUGAUCAAAAAAGUUCUAUUUCUUAUUCAGGAAUUACAUACGAGGUUCUUAAUUAUAUUUGUUAAAAUAAUGUCAUUUAUUUUAUGACGAUAUUUGUAUUUCGAACAUGUGAAAGAGAUGAUUCUGUAUUUUACAUGAUUGCUAAAAAAAUAUACAGAUAUAUGUUUAUUCUUAAAGAGAGAGGUAAAACUGGAAUACAGUUUAUUUUAGAACUUUUUGAUCAGAUAUGAUCAAAUGUACUUAUCUAUAAUUUAUAAGUUAUUUAUUGCCAGUCAUAUUUAAUUGUGUUUAAUAUAUGCUACAGAGUGAUUUAUAGCAA